AUGCUCUCCGGAUACUCCAGGUCCGGCCAGAUCGCCGCCGCGCACAGCUUCUUCCUAUCCUCCCCGCCCCGCCUCCGUGACGCAGUCAUCUGGACCGUCAUGAUGGGCGCGCUCGCCGCCGCCCCCGGCCGCGCGACCGACGCCGUGUCCCUCUUCCGUGACAUGCUCCGGGAGGGCGUAUCCCCGGACGGCGUCUGCGUAUCAACCGUGCUCAACGUGCCUGUUGCCGCCUAUAGCACCACCGCUUCGCUCCACCCUUUCGCCGUCAAGCUCGGCCUCAGCUCCAGCGUCGUUGUCUGCAACACGCUACUCGACGCCUACUGCAAGCACGGUCUCCUCGCCGCCGGCUGGAGGGUGUUCGACGAGACGCCGCGCAGGGACGCAGUCACCUACAACGCCAUGCAUGAUAAUGGGCUUCUCCAAGGAGGGGCUGCACGGGGAAGCGCUGGACCUGUUCGCCGAUAUGCGCCGUGCUGGCCUUGGCGCCACCCAGUUCACCUUCUCCAGCAUGCUCGCCGUGGCCACGGGCGUUGGCGACAUCCGUCUCGGCCGCCAGGUCCACGGCCUCGUUGCCAGAGCCGCCUCGGAGUGCAAUGUGUUCGUCAACAACUCGCUGCUGGAUUUAUACUCCAAAUGUGUGACUGCAUUGGCGAGAUGGAGAAGCUAUUCGACGAGAUGCCGGAGCGUGACACUGUCUCGUACAAUGUUGUGAUCGCGGGCUAUGCUUGGAGCCGGUGCGCCGGCACCGUGCUGCGUCUGUUCAGGGAGAUGCAGGUGCUCGGUUUUGACAGGCAGGCCUGGCCUUACGCUACUUUGUUAAGUUUUGCUGGCUCGCUGCCUCAUAUUGGGAUUGGUAAGCAGAUACAUGCUCAGCUGGUCCUCCUUGGCCUUUCUUCAGAGGAUCUUGUGGGCAAUGCUCUGAUCGACAUGUACACCAAAUACGGCAUGCUCGAUGCUGCAAAGACCAAUUUUGCCAAGAAAAAUGACAAGACUGGCGUUUCAUGGACAGCGAUGAUAACUGGCCAUGUCCAGAAUGGGCAGCAGGAAGAAGCGCUGCAGUUUUUCCGUGACAUGAGAAGAGCUGGUGUGAGCCCGGACAGGGCGACCUUUUCAAGCAUCAUUAAGGCUUCCUCUAGCCUGGCAAUGAUCGGGUUAGGAAGGCAAUUGCAUUCUUACCUAAUAAGAUCAGGCCACAUGGCCAGCGUGUUCUCAGGAAGUGCCCUUCUUGACAUGUACGCGAAGUGUGGCUGUUUGAAUGAGGCGCUCCGGACAUUUGAUGAGAUGCCUGAGAGGAAUUCCAUCUCGUGGAAUGCUGUUAUUUCAGCCUACGCACACUACGGGCAGGCAAAGAAUGCCAUCAAGAUGUUUGAAGGUAUGCUGCGCUAUGGGUUUAAACCAGAUGCAGUCACCUUCUUGAGUGUACUGAUCCAUGGAAACCAGGAUUUAGCUAGAGUGGCAGCUGAAAAAUUGUUCAGUAUUGGACCCACAGAUGCGACACCGUACGUCAUACUGUCCAACCUAUAUGUGAAAGCUGGUAAAUGGGAAGAUGCUGCACGUGUGAAGAAGGCCAUGAGAGAUCGAGGACUUAGGAAAGAGUCGGGUUACAGUUGGGUUGAAUUCAAACAAAAAAUCUACAGCUUUUCUUCAAAUGACCAAACCAACCCAAUGAUAGCUGAGAUUAAAGACAAGCUAGAGAGGUUGUACAAAGAGAUGGACAAACAAGGAUAUAAGCCUGACACUAGCUGUGCAUUGCAUCAAGUGGACGAUGACCUAAAGUUGGAGUCGCUGAAAUACCACAGUGAGAGAUUGGCCAUUGCAUUUGCUCUGAUCAACACCCCACCCGGGAGGCCAAUUAGAGUUAUGAAGAAUCUAUCUGCCUGCCUAGACUGCCAUGCUGCCAUCAAGAUGAUGUCAAAGAUUGUGAACAGAGACAUCAUUGUUAGAGAUUCGAGCAGGUUUCACCAUUUCAAGGAUGGAGUUUGUUCUUGUGGAGACUAUUGGUAG